CUAACAACAAACUCAAACAACACAAAUACUGUGACCUGUCCUUUCUGCAAAAGAAAUGGUCACAUCCUUGAUAAAUGUUUCAAAUUCACAGAAACCCCACUCCAAGACCGUAUCAAGUUUGCACAAGCAGAAAGGCUGUGUUUUGGAUGUUUAGAGAGAGGACAUCAUUCCAAGAAGUGUGACAAAAAGAGCACAUGCGAAAAAUGUCAAAGGAGACAUCCAACAUGUCUGCACAAUGACGCGUUCAUUGAGCGUAACAGGGUAAUACCUGCAGUGAGUGAAAAGUCUCCAGACAACGACGAAGCUGACGCUGAAGAAGGAGACAAACCAUCGGUGGCGAUCUCUAACAGGGUAACUCAAGCAACUUCAAGCACGUUGACAUCCUCUAUUCUACCUGUAUGGGUUUCAUCAAAGAACGACCCAGACAGAGAGGUUUUAGUUUAUGCACUACUUGAUUCACAAAGUGAUACAUCCUUCAUCUUGGAUGAAGUAGCCCAAGGUCUUGACACAAAUAAAAGUAAAGUCAAUCUGUGCUUGUCAACUAUGUCCACCAAGUCAACAGUUAUACCAUGUGACAAGCUGGUAAACCUUCAAGUUAGAGGAUAUAAAGAUGAAAAAAGAAUUACACUGCCACCAGUAUAUACAAGAGAGUUUAUCCCUGUCAACAGAUCACAUAUCCUAACCUCUGAAACCGCCUUAAAGUGGCCUCAUCUGGAAAAGCUGGCAGAUAAGCUACCUCCACUGCUCGAAUGCGAAGUUGGUCUACUUAUCGGCUAUAAUUGUCAACAAGCCCUCCUACCACGCAAAGUUCUUGCAGGCAAAGAGAACCAACCUUACGCACAGUUAACUGAUCUUGGCUGGAGCAUAGUUGGUUGCUCAUCUCAAUCUCAAAAUCACAACGAUGUCAUCGGUACAAGUCACAGAAUAAUUGUUCGUGAAGUAUUCCCUGUUUCACAACCAGCAGUUGAACUCAAGAAACAAGUACAUUUUGUAUGCAGAACUCAAGUAAAGGAAGCCAGUCCAACUGAUGUGAUUAAGGCUUUGGAAUCCGAUUUUUCUGAACAUGCAACAGAUGACAAUCCAGUUUCACAGGAAGACAUUUUGUUCAUGUCAAAGGUGACCAAAGGUAUAAAACAGAAGAACGAUGGUCAUUACGAACUCCCGUUACCAUUCAAAACAGACAAUCCGAAUCUCCCAAACAACAAGCAAAGUGCUGAACACAGAUUGUCUUCAUUGGAACGUCGACUAAGAAGGGAUGAGAAAUACUAUAAAGAUUAUUUCAAGUUCAUGAACGAUAUUAUAACUCGCGGAGAUGCAGAAAAGGUGCCAGAACAUGAGCUGAACAACAAGACAGCAUGGUACAUCCCGCAUCACGGGGUUUACCACCCCCACAAACCAGAGAAAAUACGUGUGGUUUUUGACUGUUCUGCACACUUCCAAGGAACAUCUCUCAACGAUCAUCUAUUGACUGGACCGGAUCUCACCAACACAUUGGUUGGAGUGUUAUGCCGAUUUAGAAAGGGCCUCGUCGCCAUUAUGUGUGAUGUGGAAAGAAUGUUCCACCAAUUCCAUGUCAUUAAGGAACAUCAAGAUUAUUUAAGAUUUCUUUGGUGGGACAAAGGCAAUUUAAACUCCGAACCUUCAGUUUACAGGAUGAAAGUACAUCUUUUUGGAGCAGCAUCAUCUCCUGGAUGUUGUAAUUUUGGACUCAAACACAUUGCAUUACAGGGUAGAAACAAGUUCAGCAAAGAGACUGUUGAAUUCAUCCAAAGAGGUUUUUACGUUGACGAUGGACUUACUAGUGUAACAUCAACAGCCAAAGCUAUACAGCUGGUCAAAGAGUCAAGGGAACUUUGCAAAACAGGAAACGUACAUCUGCAUAAGUUUGUGUCAAACAAUAAAGAGGUGCUUGCAACAAUUCCCCAGGAAGAACAAGCUCAGUCCAAAGAUCAGAACAUGGCUUUUGGAGAACUCCACAUUGAAUGUGCACUUGGAGUACAAUGGAGUCCCACGUAUCAGCUCUCCUCGUUAAACACUACCAUGAACGUGUACAUCAUCAAGGAAGAGGCAUGA